AUGUCAUUUGAGGAUUUAACUGACAAUACAAAGUCUGUAAGGAAUAUUCCAGGAGCAAAAUUCAUAGAACAUAUAACAGAAUUUUUACAAAAUAAAAAUGAGGAAACUAUGCUUCGUUUGGCCAAAGAACUUUUAUUGAAAUAUAAAUUUAUGGAACAUACAUUUGUAACAAGACAAAUGAAUACUGAAAAAAAAAUACCUGAAUUAAAAGACGCUUUAAGAGUUGUGAAUACUCUUUAUAAAAGAAAGGAAAUGGGUGAAAGUAAAAAUAUGGAGUUAUAUUUUCCACUAGAAGAAUCGUUAUAUGCUAAGGGAAUAAUUGAAAAAACUGAUCACAUUCUUCUAUGGCUUGGGGCUAAUGUAAUGGUUGAAUUUCCAUUUAAUGAAGCUAUAGAUCUUCUAAAUCAUCAUUUAGAUAGAGCAAUAAAUCUUUACGAGGAAAUGGAUAAAGAACUUUUAUGGUUACAUGAGCAAAUAUCAACAACAGAAAUUAAUAUAUCUAGAAUACACAACUAUGUAGAAAUGAAAAAAAGAAAUAAAGAAAACAAUAUUACUGAAAAUCAAAGUUAA